AUGACAAGUAGUGACUCUGACACAACAAGUAAGAGUUGGGAAACAACCACAGCCAAAUCUCUUACAACUACACCAGAAGCAACUAUACCAACUACUAAUUCUGCCACAACUAUUGAGAGUUCAGAAACAACCACAGUGAAUGCUCUUACAAGUACAAAUAAAGACAUGACAAGUAGUCACUCUGACACAACAAGUAAGAGUUUGGAAACAACCACAGACAACUUCAGUCCAACUACAUCAAUUGAAGCCCAACCAACUACUGAUUCUGCCACAACAGCUGAGGGUUCAGAAACAACCACAGUGAACUCUUUUAUAACUACAAAUGCAGACAUGACAAGUAGUGACUCUGCUAAAACAACCAAGAAUUUGGAAACAACCACAGACAAUUUCAUUCCAACUACAUCAAUUGAAGCCCAACCAAUUACAGAUUCUGCCACAACUACUGAGAGUUCAGAAACAAGCACAGCCAACUCUCUUACAACUACAAAUGCAGACAUGACAAGUAGUGACUCUGCAAAAACAACUGAGAGUUCAGAACCAACUACAGACAACUCCCUUACAAACAUGACAAGUGGUGACGCUGCUACAACAACCAAGAAUUUGGAAACAACCACAGACAACUAUAAUCCAACUACAUCAGUUGAAGCCCAAACAAUUACUGAUUCUGCCACAACAGCUGAGAGUUCAGAAACAACCACAGUGAACUCUCGUACAACUACAAAUGCAGACAUGACAAGUAGUCACUCUGACACAACAAACAUGACAAGUAGUGACUCUGCUAAAACAACCAAGAAUUUGGAAACAACCACAGACAACUUCAUUCCAACUACAUCAGUUGAACCCCUACCAACUACUGAUUCUGCCACAACAGCUGAGAGUUCAGAAACAACCACAGCCAACUCUCUUACAACUACAAAAGCAGACAUGACAAGUGGUGAUGCUGCUACAACAACUGAGAGUUCAGAAACAACUACAGACAACUCCCUAACAACUACACCAGAAGCAACUAUAACAACUACUAAUUCUGCCACAACAACUGAGAACAUGACAAGUAGUCACUCUGACACAAGUAAGAGUUUAGAAACAACCACAGACAACUUCAUUCCAACUACAUCAGUUGAAGCCAAACCAAUUACAGAUUCUGCCACAACAACUGAGAGUUCAGAAACAACUACAGACAACUCCCUAACAACUACACCAGAAGCAACUAUACCAACUACUAAUUCUGCCACAACUACUAAGAGUUCAGAAGCAACCACAGUGAACUCUCUUACAACUACAAAUGCAGACAUGACAAGUAGUGACUCUGAAACAACAACCAGGAAUUUGGAAACAACCACAGACAACUAUAAUCCAACUACAUCAGUUGAAGCCCAACCAAUUACUGAUUCUGCCACAACUACCGAGAGUUCAGAAGCAACCACAGUGAACUCUCUUACAACUACAAAUGCAGACAUGACAAGUGACAUGACAAGUAGUGACUCUGCAACAACAACUGGUAGUUCAGAAACAACUACAGACAACUCCCUUACAACGACACCAGAAGCAACUAUACCAACUACUAAUUCUGCCACAACAGCUGAGAGUUCAGAAACAACCACAGCCAAAUCUCUUACAACACCAGAUGUAACUAUACCAACUGCUAAUUCUGCCACAACUACUGAGAAUUCAGAAACAACCACAUCCAACUCUAUUACAACUACAAAUGCAGACAUGACAAGUGGUGAUGCUGCUACAACAACCAAGAAUUUGGAAACAACCACAGACCACUAUAAUCCAACUACAUCAGUUGAAGCCCAACCAAUUACUGAUUCUGCCACAACAGUCGAGAACAUGACAAGUAGUGACUCUGACACAACAAGUAAGAGUUGGGAAACAACCACAGCCAAAUCUCUUACAACUACACCAGAAGCAACUAUACCAACUACUAAUUCUGCCACAACUAUUGAGAGUUCAGAAACAACCACAGUGAACGCUCUUACAAGUACAAAUAAAGACAUGACAAGUAGUCACUCUGACACAACAAGUAAGAGUUUGGAAACAACCACAGACAACUUCAGUCCAACUACAUCAAUUGAAGCCCAACCAACUACUGAUUCUGCCACAACAGCUGAGGGUUCAGAAACAACCACAGUGAACUCUUUUAUAACUACAAAUGCAGACAUGACAAGUAGUGACUCUGCUAAAACAACCAAGAAUUUGGAAACAACCACAGACAAUUUCAUUCCAACUACAUCAAUUGAAGCCCAACCAAUUACAGAUUCUGCCACAACUACUGAGAGUUCAGAAACAAGCACAGCCAACUCUCUUACAACUACAAAUGCAGACAUGACAAGUAGUGACUCUGCAAAAACAACUGAGAGUUCAGAACCAACUACAGACAACUCCCUUACAAACAUGACAAGUGGUGACGCUGCUACAACAACCAAGAAUUUGGAAACAACCACAGACAACUAUAAUCCAACUACAUCAGUUGAAGCCCAAACAAUUACUGAUUCUGCCACAACAGCUGAGAGUUCAGAAACAACCACAGUGAACUCUCGUACAACUACAAAUGCAGACAUGACAAGUAGUCACUCUGACACAACAAACAUGACAAGUAGUGACUCUGCUAAAACAACCAAGAAUUUGGAAACAACCACAGACAACUUCAUUCCAACUACAUCAGUUGAACCCCUACCAACUACUGAUUCUGCCACAACAGCUGAGAGUUCAGAAACAACCACAGCCAACUCUCUUACAACUACAAAAGCAGACAUGACAAGUGGUGAUGCUGCUACAACAACUGAGAGUUCAGAAACAACUACAGACAACUCCCUAACAACUACACCAGAAGCAACUAUAACAACUACUAAUUCUGCCACAACAACUGAGAACAUGACAAGUAGUCACUCUGACACAAGUAAGAGUUUAGAAACAACCACAGACAACUUCAUUCCAACUACAUCAGUUGAAGCCAAACCAAUUACAGAUUCUGCCACAACAACUGAGAGUUCAGAAACAACUACAGACAACUCCCUAACAACUACACCAGAAGCAACUAUACCAACUACUAAUUCUGCCACAACUACUAAGAGUUCAGAAGCAACCACAGUGAACUCUCUUACAACUACAAAUGCAGACAUGACAAGUAGUGACUCUGAAACAACAACCAGGAAUUUGGAAACAACCACAGACAACUAUAAUCCAACUACAUCAGUUGAAGCCCAACCAAUUACUGAUUCUGCCACAACUACCGAGAGUUCAGAAGCAACCACAGUGAACUCUCUUACAACUACAAAUGCAGACAUGACAAGUGACAUGACAAGUAGUGACUCUGCAACAACAACUGAUAGUUCAGAAACAACUACAGACAACUUCCUUACAACUAUACCAGAAGCAACUAUACCAACUACUAAUUCUGCCACAACUACUGAGAAUUCUGACAUAACCACAGCCAACUCUCUUACAACUACAAAUGCAGACAUGACAAGUGGUGAUGCUGCUACAACAACCAAGAAUUUGGAAACAACCAUAGACAACUAUAAUCCAACUACAUCAGUUGAAGCCCAACCAAUUACUGAUUCUGCCACAACUACUGAGAGUUCAGAAACAACCACAGCCAAAUCUCUUACAACACCAGAUGUAACUAUACCAACUGCUAAUUCUGCCACAACUACUGAGAAUUCAGAAACAACCACAUCCAACUCUAUUACAACUACAAAUGCAGACAUGACAAGUGGUGAUGCUGCUACAACAACCAAGAAUUUGGAAACAACCACAGACAAUUUCAUUCCAACUACAUCAGUUAAACCCCUACCAACUACUGAUUCUGCCAUAACAGCUGAGAGUUCAGAAACAACCACAGUGAACUAUCUUACCACUACAAAUUCAGACAUGACAAGUAGUGACUCUGAAACAACAAGCAAGAGUUCAGAAACAACCACAGACAACUUCAUUCCAACUACAUCAAUUGAACCCCUACCAACUACUGAUUCUGCCACAACAGUUGAGAGUUCAGAAACAACCACAGCCAAAUCUCUUACAACACCACAUGUAACUAUACCAACUGCUAAUUCUGCCACAACUACUGAGAAUUCAGAAACAACCAUAUCCAACUCUAUUACAACUACAAAUGCAGACAUGACAAGUGGUGAUGCUGCUACAACAACCAAUAAUUUGGAAACAACCACAGACAAUUUCAUUCCAACUACAUCAGUUAAACCCCUACCAACUACUGAUUCUGCCACAACAGCUGAGAGUUCAGAAUCAACCACAGCCAAAUCUCUUACCAGUACACCAGACGUAACUAUACCAACUACUAAUUCUGCCACAACUACUGAGAGUUCAGAAACAAGCACAGCGAACUCUCUUACAACUACAAAUGCAGACAUGACAAGUGGUGAUGCUGCUACAACAACCAAGAAUUCGGAAACAACCACAGACAACUAUAAUCCAACUACUUCAGAAACAACUACAGACAACUCCCUUACAACGACACCAGAAGCAACUAUACCUUCUACUAAUUCUGCCACAACAGCUGAGAGUUCAGAAACAUCCACAUCCAACUCUAUUACAACUACAAAUGCAGACAUGACAAGUGGUGAUGCUGCUACAACAACCAAGAAUUUGGAAACAACCACAGACAAUUUCAUUCCAACUACAUCAGUUAAACCCCUACCAACUACUGAUUCUGCCACAACAGCUGAGAGUUCAGAAACAACCACAGUGAACUAUCUUACCACUACAAAUGCAGACAUGACAAGUAGUGACUCUGAAACAACAAGCAAGAGUUCAGAAACAACCACAGACAACUUCAUUCCAACUACAUCAAUUGAACCCCUACCAACUACUGAUUCUGCCACAACAGCCGAGAGUUCAGAAUCAACCACAGCCAAAUCUCUUACCAUUGAAGCCCAACCAAUUACUGAUUCUGCCACAACUACUGAGAGUUCAGAAACAACCACAGUGAACUAUCUUACCACUACAAAUGCAGACAUGACAAGUAGUGACUCUGAAACAACAAGCAACAGUUCAGAAACAACCACAGACAACUUCAUUCCAACUACAUCAAUUGAACCCCUAGCAACUACUGAUUCUGCCACAACAGCCGAGAGUUCAGAAACAACCACAGCCAAAUCUCUUACCAACAUGACAAGUGGUGACGCUGCUACAACAACCACGAAUUUGGAAACAACCACAGACAAUUUCAUUCCAACUACAUCAGUUAAACCCCUACCAACUACUGAUUCUGCCACAACAGCUGAGAGUUCAGAAACAACCACAGUGAACUAUCUUACCACUACAAAUGCAGACAUGACAAGUAGUGACUCUGAAACAACAAGCAAGAGUUCAGAAACAACCACAGACAACUUCAUUCCAACUACAUCAAUUGAACCCCUACCAACUACUGUUUCUGCCACAACAGCCGAGAGUUCAGAAACAACCACAGCCAAAUCUCUUACCAGUACACCAGACGUAACUAUACCAACUACUAAUUCUGCCACAACUACUGAGAGUUCAGAAACAAGCACAGCGAACUCUCUUACAACUACAAAUGCAGACAUGACAAGUGGUGAUGCUGCUACAACAACCAAGAAUUUGGAAACAACCACAGACAAUUUCAUUCCAACUACAUCAGUUAAACCCCUACCAACUACUGAUUCUGCCACAACAGCUGAGAGUUCAGAAACAACCACAGUGAACUAUCUUACCACUACAAAUGCAGACAUGACAAGUAGUGACUCUGAAACAACAAGCAAGAGUUCAGAAACAACCACAGACAACUUCAUUCCAACUACAUCAAUUGAACCCCUACCAACUACUGAUUCUGCCACAACAGCCGAGAGUUCAGAAACAACCACAGCCAAAUCUCUUACCAACAUGACAAGUAGUGACUCUGCAACAACAACUGGUAGUUCAGAAACAACUACAGACAACUCCCUUACAACGACACCAGAAGCAACUAUACCAACUACUAAUUCUGCCACAACAGCUGAGAGUUCAGAAACAACCACAGCCAAAUCUCUUACAACACCAGAUGUAACUAUACCAACUGCUAAUUCUGCCACAACUACUGAGAAUUCAGAAACAACCAUAUCCAACUCUAUUACAACUACAAAUGCAGACAUGACAAGUGGUGAUGCUGCUACAACAACCAAUAAUUUGGAAACAACCACAGACAAUUUCAUUCCAACUACAUCAGUUAAACCCCUACCAACUACUGAUUCUGCCACAACAGCUGAGAGUUCAGAAACAACCACAGUGAACUAUCUUACCACUACAAAUGCAGACAUGACAAGUAGUGACUCUGAAACAACAAGCAAGAGUUCAGAAACAACCACAGACAACUUCAUUCCAACUACAUCAGUUAAACCCCUACCAACUACUGAUUCUGCCACAACAGCCGAGAGUUCAGAAUCAACCACAGCCAAAUCUCUUACCAGUACACCAGACGUAACUAUACCAACUACUAAUUCUGCCACAACUACUGAGAGUUCAGAAACAAGCACAGCGAACUCUCUUACAACUACAAAAGCAGACAUGACAAGUGCUGAGAGUUCAGAAACAACCACAGUGAACUAUCUUACCACUACAAAUGCAGACAUGACAAGUAGUGACUCUGAAACAACAAGCAAGAGUUCAGAAACAACCACAGACAACUUCAUUCCAACUACAUCAGUUAAACCCCUACCAACUACUGAUUCUGCCACAACAGCCGAGAGUUCAGAAUCAACCACAGCCAAAUCUCUUACCAGUACACCAGACGUAACUAUACCAACUACUAAUUCUGCCACAACUACUGAGAGUUCAGAAACAAGCACAGCGAACUCUCUUACAACUACAAAUGCAGACAUGACAAGUGACAUGACAAGUGGUGACUCUGCUACAACAACCAAGAAUUCGGAAACAACCACAGACAAUUUCAUUCCAACUACAUCAGUUAAACCCCUACCAACUACUGAUUCUGCCACAACAGCUGAGAGUUCAGAAACAACCACAGUGAACUAUCUUACCACUACAAAUGCAGACAUGACAAGUAGUGACUCUGAAACAACAAGCAUGAGUUCAGAAACAACCACAGACAACUUCAUUCCAACUACAUCAAUUGAACCCCUACCAACUACUGAUUCUGCCACAACAGCCGAGAGUUCAGAAUCAACCACAGCCAAAUCUCUUACCAACAUGACAAGUGGUGAUGCUGCUACAACAACCAAGAAUUUGGAAACAACCACAGACCACUAUAAUCCAACUACAUCAGUUGAAGCCCAACCAAUUACUGAUUCUGCCACAACUACUGAGAGUUCAGAAACAACCACAGUGAACUAUCUUACCACUACAAAUGCAGACAUGACAAGUAGUGACUCUGCAACAACAACUGAUAGUUCAGAAACAACUACAGACAACUUCCUUACAACUAUACCAGAAGCAACUAUACCAACUACUAAUUCUGCCACAACUACUGAGAAUUCUGACAUAACCACAGUGAACUCUCUUACAACUACAAAUGCAGACAUGACAAGUGACAUGACAAGUAGUGACUCUGCAACAACAACUGGUAGUUCAGAAACAACUACAGACAACUCCCUUACAACGACACCAGAAGCAACUAUAUCUUCUACUAAUUCUGCCACAACAGCUGAGAGUUCAGAAACAUCCACAUCCAACUCUAUUACAACUACAAAUGCAGACAUGACAAGUGGUGAUGCUGCUACAACAACCAAGAAUUUGGAAACAACCACAGACAAUUUCAUUCCAACUACAUCAGUUAAACCCCUACCAACUACUGAUUCUGCCACAACAGCUGAGAGUUCAGAAACAACGACAGUGAACUAUCUUACCACUACAAAUGCAGACAUGACAAGUAGUGACUCUGAAACAACAAGCAAGAGUUCAGAAACAACCACAGACAACUUCAUUCCAACUACAUCAAUUGAACCCCUACCAACUACUGAUUCUGCCACAACAGCCGAGAGUUCAGAAUCAACCACAGCCAAAUCUCUUACCAUUGAAGCCCAACCAAUUACUGAUUCUGCCACAACUACUGAGAGUUCAGAAACAACCACAGUGAACUAUCUUACCACUACAAAUGCAGACAUGACAAGUAGUGACUCUGAAACAACAAGCAAGAGUUCAGAAACAACCACAGACAACUUCAUUCCAACUACAUCAGUUAAACCCCUACCAACUACUGAUUCUGCCACAACAGCCGAGAGUUCAGAAACAACCACAUCCAAAUCUCUUACCACUGAGAGUUCAGAAACAACCACAGUGAACUAUCUUACCACUACAAAUGCAGACAUGACAAGUAGUGACUCUGAAACAACAAGCAAGAGUUCAGAAACAACCACAGACAACUUCAUUCCAACUACAUCAAUUGAACCCCUAGCAACUACUGAUUCUGCCACAACAGCCGAGAGUUCAGAAACAACCACAGCCAAAUCUCUUACCAUUGAAGCCCAACCAAUUACUGAUUCUGCCACAACUACUGAGAGUUCAGAAACAACCACAGUGAACUAUCUUACCACUACAAAUGCAGACAUGACAAGUAGUGACUCUGAAACAACAAGCAAGAGUUCAGAAACAACCACAGACAACUUCAUUCCAACUACAUCAAUUGAACCCCUAGCAACUACUGAUUCUGCCACAACAGCCGAGAGUUCAGAAACAACCACAUCCAAAUCUCUUACCACUGAGAGUUCAGAAACAACCACAGUGAACUAUCUUACCACUACAAAUGCAGACAUGACAAGUAGUGACUCUGAAACAACAAGCAAGAGUUCAGAAACAACCACAGACAACUUCAUUCCAACUACAUCAAUUGAACCCCUACCAACUACUGAUUCUGCCACAACAGCCGAGAGUUCAGAAACAACCACAGCCAAAUCUCUUACCAUUGAAGCCCAACCAAUUACUGAUUCUGCCACAACUACUGAGAGUUCAGAAACAACCACAGUGAACUAUCUUACCACUACAAAUGCAGACAUGACAAGUAGUGACUCUGAAACAACAAGCAAGAGUUCAGAAACAACCACAGACAACUUCAUUCCAACUACAUCAAUUGAACCCCUAGCAACUACUGAUUCUGCCACAACAGCCGAGAGUUCAGAAACAACCACAGUCAAAUCUCUUACCAUUGAAGCCCAACCAAUUACUGAUUCUGCCACAACUACUGAGAGUUCAGAAACAACCACAGUGAACUAUCUUACCACUACAAAUGCAGACAUGACAAGUAGUGACUCUGAAACAACAAGCAAGAGUUCAGAAACAACCACAGACAACUUCAUUCCAACUACAUCAAUUGAACCCCUAGCAACUACUGAUUCUGCCACAACAGCCGAGAGUUCAGAAACAACCACAGCCAAAUCUCUUACCACUGAGAGUUCAGAAACAACCACAGUGAACUAUCUUACCACUACAAAUGCAGACAUGACAAGUAGUGACUCUGAAACAACAAGCAAGAGUUCAGAAACAACCACAGACAACUUCAUUCCAACUACAUCAAUUGAACCCCUACCAACUACUGAUUCUGCCACAACAGCCGAGAGUUCAGAAACAACCACAGCCAAAUCUCUUACCACUGAGAGUUCAGAAACAACCACAGUGAACUAUCUUACCACUACAAAUGCAGACAUGACAAGUAGUGACUCUGAAACAACAAGCAAGAGUUCAGAAACAACCACAGACAACUUCAUUCCAACUACAUCAAUUGAACCCCUACCAACUACUGAUUCUGCCACAACAGCCGAGAGUUCAGAAACAACCACAGCCAAAUCUCUUACCAACAUGACAAGUAGUGACUCUGACACAACAACUAAGAGUUUGGAAACAACCACAGGCAACUUUAAUCCAACUACAUCAGUUGAACCCCAACCACCUACUGAUUCUCCCACAACAGCCGAGAGUUCAGAAACAACCACAAACAACUCCCUUACAACUACACUCGAUGCAACUGCACCAAGUAGUGAUUCUAGCACAACAGCUCAGAGUUCAGAAACAAGCCAAGCCAACUCUCUUACAACUACAAAUGCAGACAUGACAAGCAGUGACUCUGCCACAACAACCAAGAAUUUGUAUACAACCACAGACAAUUCCAUUCCAACUACCUCAGUUGAACCCCUACCAACUACUGAUUCUGCCACAACAGCUGAGAGUUCAGAAACAACCACAAACAACUCCCUUACAACUACACCAGAUGCAACUAUACCAACUACUGAUUCUGCCACAACAGUUGAAAGUUCAGAAACAACCACAGCCAACUCCCUUACAACUACACCCGAUGCAACUGCACCAACUAGUGACUCUAGCAUAACAGCUGAGAGUUCAAAAACAACCAUAGACCAUUCUCUCACAACUACAAAUGCAUGCAUGACUAGUGACUCUACCACAACCACCAAGCCUUUGGAAACAUCCACAAACAACUCCAUUCCAACUACAUCACUUGAAACCCUACCAACUAUUAAUCCUGCCACAACAGCUAAGAGUUCAACAACCACAGAAACCCCUGUUGCAUCCACAUCACUAGCCACAACAACACGUGCCAUCGAAACAGCCACUACAACUACUACUACAAAACCACCAAUAAUAUGUGACAAUGGUGGAACUCCAACAGCCAAUGGCUGUUACUGCCCCCCUGCUUUUACAGGAAGUGUAAUUGUUAAGCAUGAUAUUGUUGUGAAAAUUGAAAACAACAAUGUAAAUGAAGGCUAUAACGAGGUUUAUAAGUCUAUCGAAAACGCUGUUGAAUCAGUUACAGACUGUAAUUCCACAUCCAUUGCAUGCCCAAACUUUACUGUUAGUGAUGUCCAGGUCAAAAAAACUGAACUGAAUGAAAAAGAGUACUGUGAUAAAGUUACAGCAAUGCUUCCUGAGGAGUACCGUCAGUAUUUCACUAAUGCUACUGUGAUGGGUAAACUAGCAUGUGUCAACCCAUGCCAUCCUGAUCAUCCUUUUCCAAAGAUCUGUAUGAACAAAGCUGCCUUCAGACAGAUGCAAAUUGGUAUCUUGGAGAAGAUUGCAAGUACCAAGUUCACAAAGUGGGCUUCUAUACUGGAAUGGCAGUUGUUGCUGUGGUUUUAA